UUCGCAAAAUGACAACAGCCUUGAGUCGAUUCGGUCUGGGUCUGGGCCUGUGCCUGCUCGCCACCAUCGCCCGUGGAUGGGACUACGCGGCGCCCUACUCCGACUACGCGGCGCCCUACUACGCGGCACCCUACUACUUUGCCCCGCCGCGCUACGACAUUACGCCCUGUCCACCCACCGGAGAGGAGAGUGUGGUCUGUGCCGUGGCCCCGGGCGCCCAGCCAGCGACCUUCCCCAGCCCCUGCGAAGUGGAUCGCUUCAGCCGCCAGACGGGCGUAGCAUGGCAGAUCAUCUACGAGGAUAGGUGCGACGAGAUGGAGGACUGUCCGGAGAUCUGCAACGAGGAAUACAGUCCAGUCUGCGCGACAUUCCGCUCCUCCAGACGCACCUUCAGGAACUACUGCGAGCUGCUGCUGGUCACCUGCCGAACGGAUCAUCGAUGGAAGAUGAUGCAUCCCGGCACUUGUGACAGCAGACUGCCAGGUCUGUACUCGCCACGCGCACGGACCUAUAAUCCCUACGCCAUGCACGCCCUCCAGCCUUCGCCCUAUUACGGAUCCUACGGCUCCUAUCGACCACAGAGAUUGAGGAGGCCACAAACGUCGAUUGUGUCCCCGCCACCGCCGUACAAGGCGGCAGCGUACGAGCCAUACGAGAUUUCAUGGGACAACCUGCCCACCGAGUACGAAAUGAAGCAGACCUCCCCAAAGGCCUAUGCAACGACUACACAAGCGCCAGAGACAACUACCCAGGAAGCAGAAACCACUGAGGCGACAACCGGGUCUCUGAUUUCCACACAAAGAUCUGCGAGAGUUUUAAGCGUUAAUGCCGUGGCCAUUGAUAAUGAAACUACUCCGGAGACUACAGAAACAUCAACGGAAACCAGUUCCACAGCCACCCCGACACAGUACCAGCCGUAUCCAUAUUACAGUCCGACCUCCACAACAGAAAAGGCAUCCACCACUGUCAAGCCCAAGGGACGGUCUAUAAAUAUCAAUGCCAUUGCAAUAGAGGACGAAUCGUCAACAGAGCCCACCUCUACAGCAUCCUCAACGAGCCACGAGACAUAUCCAGCCUAUCCAGUAUACAACACGACUGCAUCUCCAGAGCACGCUACAACAACUGCACGACCUUCGACACAAUCUACCACGACUUCUACUGAGACCACCGAGGAAGCCUCCACUACUGUCAAGACUGCUUUGAAAUCUCUAAGCGUAAAUGCAGUGGCAGAGACUGAAGAGGAUGUUACCGAAACUACACCGAAUUCAACAACGGAAGAAAGCUCUACAGUUGCUCCUUCAACAUAUGAGACUUAUCCUUCCUACUCAGCCUCACCAUCUUAUCCUUCCUAUUCAGGCUCUUCAGCAUAUCCCUCCUAUAGCCCGACAGCUACUGAGACAACAGAGGAAGCCUCCACUACUGUCAAGACAGCUUUGAAAUCUCUAAGCGUAAAUGCAGUGACAGAGACUGAAGAGGAUGUUACCGAAACUACACCGAAUUCAACAACGGAAGAAAGCUCUACAAUUGCUCCUUCAACAUAUGAGACUUAUGCGUCCUACUCAGCCUCACCAUCUUAUCCUUCCUAUUCAGGCUCUUCAGCAUAUCCCUCGUAUAGCCCGACAGCUACUGAGACAACAGAGGAAGCCUCCACUACUGUCAAGACAGCUUUGAAAUCUCUAAGCGUAAAUGCAGUGGCAGAGACUGAAGAGGAUGUUACCGAAACUACACCGAAUUCAACAACGGAAGAAAGCUCUACAGUUGCUCCUUCAACAUAUGAGACUUAUCCUUCCUACUCAGCCUCACCAUCUUAUCCUUCCUAUUCAGGCUCUUCAGCAUAUCCCUCCUAUAGCCCGACAGCUACUGAGACAACAGAGGAAGCCUCCACUACUGUCAAGACAGCUUUGAAAUCUCUAAGCGUAAAUGCAGUGGCAGAAACUGAAGAGGAUGUUACCGAAACUACACCGAAUUCAACAACGGAAGAAAGCUCUACAGUUGCUCCUUCAACAUAUGAGACUUAUCCGUCCUACUCGGCCUCACCAUCCUAUCCGUAUUAUUCACCAUCUUCAGCAUAUCCCUCUUAUGGCCCGACUGCUACUGAGACAACAGAGGAAGCCUCCACUACUGUCAAGACAGCUUUGAAAUCCCUAAGCGUAAAUGCUGUGACAGAGACUGAAGAAGACGUUACAGAAACCACACCGAAUCCAACCACUGAAGAAAGCUCUACAGCUGCACCUUCAAAAUAUGAGACUUAUCCGUCCUACUCGGCCUCUAAAUCGUAUACCGACUCUACCGCCUAUAGCCCGACAGCUACCACAGAGGAGGCAUCCACUACGGUCAAGUCAGCUCUCAAAUCUCUAAGUGUAAAUGCAGUGGCCCAAACUGAAGAGGAUGUUGCAUCCCCGGAUCCAACAACUGAAGCCAGCUCUACAGAGGCACCUUCUAGCUAUCAGACUUAUCCAUCCUAUUCGCCUUCUUCAUCAUAUCCUUCCUAUUCACCUUCCUACAGCCCGACUGUUACCACAGAAGAGGCAUCCACUACGGUCAAGACAGCACUCAAAUCUCUAAGCGUAAAUGCUGUGGCAGAGACUGAUCAAGAUGUUGCAGUGGAGGAAAGCACGCCCAGGCCCAGCUCUACAGCCGCAGUGACGGAAGCCACAUCUGUGGAGCCCAGCUCCACUCUUACUACUCCAAGGAACCAGUCCUAUCCAUCAUAUAAAACCACGCCAAGUAAUAGCACUACCGAUGCCCCGAAGACAACCUCUGCCUCAGUGUUUAGGGUAAAUGCGGUGGCUGUAGAUGUUGGGCAGAACCCUCCGCAGGCAUCGAAUUCGACGGCAACGGGGCUGUCAGUGUCAUCCGGAAACGCUCCGAAUAAUACCAUCGUGGAUUAUGUGUCUGGAAAAGAUGGCGAAAACAAGCAGCAUAUUCGGGUGUACAACACUGGCAGCCAAGGCAAUGUGAUUAUAUUUAACAUAAAUAACAACUAAUCGAGUGCUUUGCAUAGCCUCAAAGAACUGAAUUAGAUAAUCCGUUUUAUUAGUUUAUUGAUUAUACAUUUUGUAACAACAAUCAAGAAAUCAUACAUGCAAUACAUAUGUCGUUGU